AUGGCAUCACCAUUAAGAGCUGAUAAGUUAGUUAUAGAAAAAACCAAAACCCCAAAACCAAAACAUGCAAAAGAAGAUUUAAUUUUUGGUAAAUAUUUUACUGAUCAUAUGUUAGAAAUUGAAUGGGAUUCUAAAUCAGGUUGGGGUACACCAAAAAUCUCACCUUAUCAUAAUUUAUCAUUAGAUCCAGCUACUUGUGUAUUUCAUUAUGCUUUUGAGUUAUUUGAAGGUAUGAAAGCUUAUAAAGAUUCAAAAGGUCAAGUAAGAACUUUUAGAGGUGAAAGAAAUAUGAUUAGAAUGAAUAAAUCUGCACAAAGAAUUGCAUUACCUUCGUUUGAUGGUGAUGAAUUACAAAAAUUAAUCGAUCAAUUAUUAUUAAUAGAUCAGGAUUUUAUACCAGAAGGUGCAGGUUAUUCAUUAUAUUUACGUCCAACUAUGAUUGGUACUUCUUCCUCUUUAGGUGUUGGUACCCCUGAUAAAGCUUUAAUUUUCGUUAUAGCAAGUCCUGUUGGUCCAUACUACAGAAAUGGGUUUAAACCAGUCUCUUUAGAAGCUACUGAUUAUGCAGUAAGAGCUUGGCCAGGUGGUGUUGGUGAUAAAAAAUUAGGUGCAAAUUAUGCUCCAUGUAUUUUACCACAAAAAGAUGCUGCUUCAAGAGGCUUUGAUCAAAAUUUAUGGUUAUUUGGUGAAGAAGGAUAUAUAACAGAAGUUGGUACAAUGAAUGUAUUUUUUGUUUUGAAAGAUUCCAAGACUGGUAAAAAAGAAUUAGUAACUGCUCCAUUAGAUGGUACAAUUUUGGAAGGUGUUACAAGAGAAUCAAUUUUAGAAUUAGCUAAAGAAAGAUUACCAAAAGAUGAAUGGAUUGUAAGUGAACGUAAAUAUACAAUUCAUGAUGUUAAAAAAGCUGCUGAUGAAGGUAAUUUAGUUGAAGCUUUUGGUGCUGGUACUGCAGCAGUUGUGUCACCAAUUAAAAAUAUUGGUUUUAAAGGUGAGGAUAUACCUGUACCGGUUGUUUUAGGUAAUACUGGUGAAUUAACCGCUCAAGUUGCAGAAUGGAUCAGAAAAAUUCAAUAUGGUGAAGAAGAAUUUAAAGAUUGGUCAAGAGUAGCCAAAUAG